AAAAAUUUAGCAGAACUUUUGGGACAGAUGAGCUUUUGGAGCCAUUUUGAAUGUUUUUGGUGGUUUUGUAUACAAAAAUAUAAAUAUUUUUGCUAUUUUUGUAAUUAAUUGUUAAUUCUCGUGGGGGGAUGUCUAUUCAAUUAAUAUGCCUAACACUAUCAGGUGGCAUCCCUAUCUUUACGCGUAAGAAGGGAGAAGGAGAGAAUCUCUCUUUCUCCACUAUUGGCUCUUUGAAUGGUGUCCACAUGUUCUGCAAGAGUCAGGGACAAAAUCUCCGGAGCACUUCAUGGGAGGACGGGUUGCUGGUAUGGGAAGAAUUCGCCGAUACAUUCCUGAUUAUUGGUUUUGGCCGGGGAGUUGGAGAGAAAGUCCUCAGGAAGCUCAUUAAUUCCACAUACAGUGCCUUGGUUUUUACAGUGGGGCUCCCUGAGCUUCAGAACUUCCUCAGUGUGGAGCGUCUGAAGCGAGAACUCCUGCCCUGUUUGGGAAUAAUUGACCAUCUCAUCGAGAGUGCAGAUUGUGAACUGAUUGGCUUUACGGAUUGCAUUCUCUGCCCGCAGAAUGCGACAAUCCUGGAGAAGCUGGGGGAAUUUUGUGAUCAAUUUGGUUCUGCGUAUGCAUGCUUGAUGAUCAGGCAGAGGAUUGCAGCAGCCACAGAAGGAUGGUGGGAUCUGGAUGUUGGAGAUAGGCAGCUUCUCUCGACAUUGAUUGCCACUUCGAGCAGUCUGCAGAAGGAUACUCCGGUGUUUUUGCCUCAGAAGAGCCCUUCAAUUGCCUACAGACUCGUAUCCAUUCCCAUCCUGCAAAACAUCAACAUGUGCCUUCUCUGCGGAGCUGAACCGCCCUACAGGGAUAUUGAGGUGCUGACCCAUCAGAUCUGGAGGACAGAAUUGAAGACUCUGGAAUUAGCUGAGCAAUGUUUCCCACGAAAUUUCCCCAAUAAUCUAGAAUUGGAUCCUGGAAUCUUGGGAAUUCUCCUGAUAAACCGUCCAAUGGCCAAGUAUGUAAUCUCCCGGAAUAUCCAGCAAUCCUCCACGGGAAAGAGGACAGUAUCCGGAACCCAUCGCCUAGACAUCCUCAGGACCUUCUUCCACCAAGCUGUGGACAUGAUUGAGGAUUACAUCGGCAACCUGGCCACUCACAGUGAAUCCUAUUGGUGCUCUGAUUAUCACAAAUGCCAUGCUCUCAUACAGGAUCAAAAUCUCAUCUGUAUCCUCUACGUGGCUGCAAUUCCCACCCAUACCAUGAGACUAAUAACACAGAAGACUCUCGAGGCGAUUGUGGCUUCAAAAGACACAUUCUGGUGAGUUUUAUGCUGUAUUUUUUUUCGACAGAUUUUUUUUUACACAUUUUCUUUGUAACAUUCAAUAUAGGAAAUAUUUCAAUAUAUGCAUUUUUUUUAAAGAAAA